AUGAAAGGCAGAACCCCGAGCGCAGAGGAUGAGUCGGAUAUCGAACGGACCUGCGUCGCUAGAGAGAGUCUAAUUCUGACCACCAGACGCAGCUCAGAUGAGCUCUGUUUCCGAAAGGAAGUCCGGGUCCCGAUAAAGAACCAGAUUUUAACUGCUAAAAACCUGACUAAUAUUGGAACACGGAAUGUGCAAACAUUGUGUCAGACUGGAAAACUGCCACAGCUCACUCGGGAAUUCAACAAUUAUAAGUUGCAAAUCUUGGGCAUCAGUGAGAUGAGAUGGACUGGAAGUGGAAGAAUGGUCAGCGACGGUAAGACCAUACUAUACUCUGGCCACAAGAGAUGGCACAUGCACAUGCACAUAAUCACCACUAGGUUCCUCUCACAACAUGCAAAAACCACCAUUGUCCAAGUGUAUGCACCAACAGAAGAUGCUGUAGAAACCAAGAAGGAUGCUUUUUACAAUCAGUUGCAGGAUGUCAUCAAUGAAGUGCCUCGUCACGAUGUCACUGUGCUUCGCGGUGACUUCAAUGCACAAAUUAGUGCCAAUCAGCAAGGAUUAGAACAUGUGAUUGGCCCAUAUGGCACCGGUUGUCACAUUACCAACAACGGUGAAUGUUUGCUUCUCUUCUGCAACACGAAUGGCCUAUGUAUUGGCAACACUUUCUUCACCCACAAACAGAUUCAUAAGAAGACAUGGUGUGGACCAAAUGGUUUGACCAACAAUAAAAUAGACUACGUCUGCGUUAGCAGACGUUGGAGAUCAGCGCUGCAGGACACGUGUGUCUAUCGGGGUGCUGAUGUUGGAUCAGAUCAUCAUCUUUUGAAAGCGGUGUUAAAGCUGCAACUGAAAAAACAACGAGCAAUAAGGUCAAAACGACCAUAUGUGGAAAAGUUGAAGAAUGAUGCAGUCAAACACCGGUGCCAGCAGUGUCUUGCAGAUGCAUUCCAGAAUCUUGAAAAUGGUCCGGCAGAACAGCAAUGGUCAUCAUUUAAUAAAAUGGUGAUUUCCUGCACCGAAGAGAGAAAAGACUUUGAUCUAGACUUUGCUGAUGAUAUCGCACUAUUAGCAGAGACACGGGAGAAGCUACAGCAACUUACCACCCGCUUAGAAAGAUUUGCCCUUAAGAAUGGGCUGCGGAUCAACAUCAGAAUGACCCAAGUGAUGCAAACAGUCCAGGCAGAGUAA